UCUGGAAGGAGCACUGCGCCGGGCCUGAGUGGGCACUACCAGCUCCCCUCCUUCCCUCUGUGCCACAGGAGGCCUCUCUGCGCUUCACUCUGCCGGGCUCGGGCACUGAGGGGCCCGCCAAGCAAGAGAACUUCAUCCUAGGCAGCUGUGGCACAGACCAGGUGAAGGGUGUGCUAACUCUGCAGGGGGAUGCCCUCAGCCAGGCGGACGUGAACUUGAAGAUGCCCCGGAACAACCAGCUGCUGCACUUCGCCUUCCGGGAGGACAAGCAGUGGAAGCUGCAGCAGAUCCAGGAUGCCAGAAACCAUGUGAGCCAAGCCAUUUACCUGCUUACCAGCCGGGAUGAGAGCUACCAGUUCAAGACGGGCGCUGAGGUCCUCAAGCUGAUGGACGCAGUGAUGCUGCAGCUGACCAGAGCCCGAAACCGCCUCACCACCCCCGCCACCCUCACCCUCCCUGAGAUCGCCGCCAGCGGCCUCACGCGGAUGUUCGCCCCCGCCCUGCCCUCCGACCUGCUGGUCAAUGUCUACAUCAACCUCAAUAAGCUCUGCCUCACGGUGUACCAGCUGCAUGCCCUGCAGCCCAACUCCACCAAGAACUUCCGCCCAGCCGGAGGCGCGGUGCUGCACAGCCCUGGGGCCAUGUUCGAGUGGGGCUCUCAGCGCCUGGAGGUGAGCCACGUGCACAAGGUGGAGUGCGUGAUCCCCUGGCUCAACGACGCCCUGGUCUACUUCACCGUCUCCUUGCAGCUCUGCCAGCAGCUUAAGGACAAGAUCUCCGUGUUCUCCAGCUACUGGAGCUACAGACCCUUCUGAUCACAGCACCCAGCAGCUUGUCUCCAGGAAGGCAGCCCGUCCCCUCAUACCCGCCCCAGAGCACCAGCCAGCACCAAUGCCAGGCUGCUAUUUAUCUCUCUGUCCUACCCCCACCCCUGCCUAACACAUUUGCACUGCUGGGAAUGGACACUGGAAGCACCAGGAGGAAGGGAGGCUAGUCUGGUAGGGUAGUGGGGAGGUCCGGAAGGCGGGGCCGAGGGCGUCCCACAUUCCCAACCCCGCCCUUCUGGUCACCAUGGGAAUCUUUGGACUCAGGACAGGGCCAGGCCCAGGGCUCUCCUUCCUGUCCCCUUCGCUGUCCCCUCCCCCUGGAGGGUGGGGGGUGGCACUAAGCUAUGAGUCCCAGGGGACAGUCAGGAACGGGCGCAGGCAAAGCCACCCCAGGAGUGAGUGCAGUGCUGGUUACUGUGUUCCAUCGCCCCGAUCCAGGGCCCUCUAAGAAAUAAAGAUCAUCAGAUUCCACCUGGA